AUGGAGAAGGAAAUGCCGGACGACAAUAUCGGAAAGCCUCCUAUUUUGGAAGAUGCCGUCUUUGGUGAGAUCCAAGAGGGCGGCGUCAACUACCGUGAUGUUGGCUGGAAGGGGACCACGGUUCUCAUGAUGAAAGCCCAGAUGGGUCUGGGGGUUCUGUCCAUUCCCCAGGUUUUUGAUACUCUGGGGAUCAUACCGGGGAUUCUGAUCGUGCUUGCCAUUUCCGGCAUGACCUGCUGGUCGAACUGGAUGGUGGGGGUCUUCAAAAUGCGUCACCCGGAGGUGUACGGGAUCGAUGAUGUUGGGAGGAAGAUAUUCGGCCGUGUUGGCUUCGAAGUGCUGGGCGCUGCGUAUGCCUUGUUCUGGAUCUUUGUGGGCGGUUCCGGUAUGCUGAGUAUCUCGAUUGCUCUCAAUGCCCUCUCAAACCAUGCAAUCUGCACGGCCAUCUAUGUGAUUAUUGCCGCCGCGCUCGGGUUCGCGUUUUCGAGUAUCCAGACGAUGGCAAAGAUGAGUUUGCUUGCUUGGAUAGGUACCGGAUGCAUCAUUGUCGCGGUAUCGACCGUUACCAUUGCCGUUGGAGUCCAGGGCCACCCUCCCGCAGUCGACGGCGUCAUACCCGAGGCCGAUUAUAAACUGUUCGGCAACCCUAGCUUUGCCGAUGCCAUGGCUGCCGUCUCGACCGUUUGCCUAAGCUAUGCCGGAACGCCGGCGUUUUUCCACAUCGCUGCUGAGAUGAGGGACCCCAGACUGUACACUCGGUCCUUGGCGGUCUCCCAGACCAUCAUCACGGUCAUCUAUGUGGUGUGCGGAACGGUCGUAUACUAUUACUGCGGCUCCCAUGUUGCGUCGCCGGCACUGGGCUCGGCAGGAGCCGUGAUCAAGAAGGUCUGUUACGGUAUAGCCCUGCCCGGCCUGAUUGUUUCGAUGGUCUUCCUGCUCCAUUUACCCGCUAAACAAAUUUUCGUCCGCAUGCUCCGCGGCUCGAAACACCUCACAGCCCAUACCCUAAUCCACUGGGUAGCCUGGCUCGGAUCAACGUUUGCCGUCUCGCUGGUCGCCUACAUCAUUGCCAGCGCCAUUCCCGUCUUCAGUAGUCUUGUCUCGUUCGUCGGUGCCCUCUUUGGAACCCCGAUCUGCUUCCAGCCUUUUGGUUGCAUGUGGUUAUAUGAUAACUGGGGCUCUGGAACAGCUGGAAAGCCACUGAGCUGGUGGCUCAAGGCAGGGUGGAGCUUCUUUAUGAUCUUGGCCGGCUGUUUCUUGACUAUUGCCGGGACGUACGGAUCGAUUGUCAGCAUCAUUGAUUCGUACAACGCGAGCGGGGGUUCGUCGGCAUGGUCUUGUGCUAAUAACGAUGUAUAA